GCCUCUCCCGCGCAAAUGCCCUCCAAUACCAAUAUGAAUUAUCCCCCGGCGGCAGAUACAAACAAACACACCUGCAGACGACUCAGCGCAGUUUGUUGGUUUGCUGUGCGUUUCCUCUUAAUUAAAGAGUUAAAUUAGGGCAAGAUGCCUAAAUUUUGUUUUAUGUAUGCUUGUCCGAACCGCUUCGUGGAAGAUCUAAACAGCUGUGCCGUGCUCCAUCACCGGUUCCCCUCAGAUGAGAACGUUAGAGCAAAGUGGGUCGCCUUUGUUAAUAAGUACAAUCGGACUUUGGGCUGGAAACCGGGGGCUACCAGUUCUGCCAGGCUGUGUGAAGCACAUUUUGAGGAUGACUGUUACCUUCCAUCGGGACGACUUUUAAGAACUGCAGUGCCUACCAUAAGUCAUAAAUUCACCGCUGAAAGAGCAUAUCAUUGUCAUCUCAUUCCUCGAAUGGAUCAUCUUGCACUUUUGGACAAACUUAACGAUUUUGAUCAGGAUUAUGUGGUAGCAUCAGCAGAAUUGAACGCAGGUGAUUUAUUGACGAGUGUUGGCCAAAUAUCAAAUGCUUCUGCCCAUGCUGUUUCACACAACUCUGGGAGUCGUAUUGGCGGCUUCAGCUUCAGCUAUCCCCAAGAGCAGGUUUUGUCACAGGGAAACAAAGAAAACUCUUCACCUGACAGGCCAAAUUGUUCUUAUGACUAUGGCAAUGAAGGAAAUGCAGGAAUGGACCCAGACCACAUUGAAAGUGAUGAAUAUUCUUCGAGACUGACGAGACCGUUGGGCACCAGAUUACUCACAUUCUUAAUUUUUGACAGUGGACCAAAACAGAAAAAGUGUCACAUAGCUGAACUCACUUUGAGCAACUUUGAUACAAGAGAAAAGGCAGAGAAGUCUUUGGAGUUAGUGAAAGCCGAAUUCAAGCGUAGUCAGCAUAAAGUGAGUAUUUUGCAAUAUCGUCUGAGGCAAGCCCAAAAGAGAAUCAAGGACCUGGAAUCAGCUCCAGAGCCAUCUGGUGGAGAAACUUGUUGAAGAGUCAACAAAACCACCUAUUGUACUAUGAUAAAUUUUAAACUACA